GGGUGUCGCGGCUGGCUCGCGCCGCCGGUUUGAACCGGCUUCGCCUCACACAUGCGGGCUUCGCGUGGCCGCAGCGCCUAGCGACCUAGGCAGCAGCCAAUGGCCAGACAGUUCCUGUGCCGUUGGGCCAAUGAGCGGGCCGUGGGCGGGCUAUCCCGGUUCUCCGGGCGCUGAUUCUGUGGUUGAAGGAACCAGCUCUGAGGAAGGGUCCUGCGCGCGGGCGGGCGGGAGUGGCUGUCGGGGUCCCUGAGAGUGGCCGCCCCCCAGGUAGGCCCCUGCCCAGGUGGCCGGACCUCCGGCCACCUUUCCUUCUGGCCCCUUCCAGAGAUGUCAGUGCUCCCGGGGAAGUAGGAACAGGGUCCCCGAGAGCAUGCAUUCGCCCCUUCCAGUUCCCAUGCCUCAGUGUCCCUGGGUGUGAGCAGGGACAGAAGGCUCCGUGCCAGGCCAGGGCGGUGCAGGCUAGGCGGCGCUGGGCAGCGCGGCCUGGAGCGAUCGGGAAGAGGGGCCAAAGGCCCCGGGUGCCCUGCAGGGCUGCAGGUUGCAGCGUGCUCCUCCCGCACGGCCGCGUGGGCUGUGCAGGGCGGCGCUGACGCUGAGCUCUGCGAGCAGGUGGCUGCGGAGCCGGAGCUGGAGGCAGGCGGCCGCGCCACGCCACACCAUGGCGCCCACCCUGGCCACUGCCCAUCAGCGCCGCUGGUGGAUGGCCUGCACCGCCGUGGUGGAAAACCUCCUCUUCUCGGCAGUCCUCCUGGGCUGGGGGUCGCUGCUCAUCAUGCUCAAGUCUGAAGGCUUCUACUCCUACCUGUGUACCGAGCCAGAGAACAUCUCCAUCUCCAAUGCCACGGUGGAGGGCACCGCAGUGCCCGAGCACGAGGAGGUGAGCUGGGUGAACGGCUGGCUCAGCUGCAAGGCCCAGGACGAGAUUCUAAAUUUGGCCUUCACCGUGGGCUCCUUCCUGCUCAGUGCCAUCACCUUGCCCCUGGGCAUCGUCAUGGACAAGUAUGGACCAAGGAAGCUCAGGCUGCUGGGCAGCGCCUGCUUUGCAGUCUCCUGCUUGCUGAUUGCGUAUGGAGCCAGUAACCCAGACUCGCUGUCAGUGCUCAUCUUCAUCGCCCUGGCUCUGAACGGCUUUGGCGGGAUGUGCAUGACCUUCACCUCACUGACGCUGCCCAACAUGUUCGGUGACCUUCGCUCCACCUUUAUUGCCCUGAUGAUAGGCUCCUACGCCUCCUCGGCCGUCACCUUCCCAGGGAUCAAGCUCAUCUAUGACUCCGGAGUUUCAUUCAUCCUCAUCCUGGUGGUCUGGGCUGCGUGUUCUGGGCUGGUGUUCCUGAACUGCUUCUUCAACUGGCCUUUGGAGCCUUUCCCUGGUCCGGAGGACAUGGACUACUCGGUGAAGAUCAAGUUCAGCUGGCUGGGCUUUGACCACAAGAUCACAGGGAAGCAGUUCUAUAAGCAGGUGACCACGGUGGGGCGCCGGCUAAGUGUAGGCAGCUCCAUGAGGAGCGCCAAGGAGCAGGCGGCCCUGCAGGAGGGCCACAAGCUGUGCCUGUCUACUGUCGACCUGGAGGUGAAGUGCAAGCCGGAUGCCACAGCGGCCCCCUCGUUCAUGCACAGCGUGUUCAGCCCAAUCCUGCUGCUCAGCCUGGUAACCAUGUGUGUCACGCAGCUGCGCCUCAUAUUCUACAUGGGGGCUAUGAACAGCAUCCUCGAGUUCCUGGUCAGUGGCGACCAGAAGACAGUGAUGGCCACUGUGGCCCUCUACACGUCCAUCUUUGGCGUGCUGCAGCUGCUGUGCCUGCUGACCGCACCUGUUAUUGGCUACAUCAUGGACUGGCGGCUGAAGGAGUGUGAGGACGUCUCCGAGGAGUCUGAGGACAAGGAUGCCAGCCAAGGCGAGAAGAAGAAGCAGCGGGAUCGGCAGAUCCAGAAGAUCACCAACGCCAUGCGGGCCUUCGCCUUUACCAACCUGCUGCUGGUGGGCUUCGGGGUGACCUGCCUCAUUCCCAACCUAAAGCUUCAGAUACUGUCCUUCAUUCUUCACACGAUCGUGCGAGGGUUCAUCCACUCGGCUGUCGGAGGCCUCUAUGCUGCCGUGUACCCCUCCACCCAGUUCGGCAGUCUCACGGGCCUGCAGUCUCUCAUCAGUGCGCUCUUCGCUCUCCUGCAGCAGCCGCUGUUUCUGGCCAUGAUGGGGCCCCUCCAGGGUGACCCCCUAUGGGUGAAUGUGGGGCUGCUCGCGGUGAGCAUGCUGGGCUUCUGCCUGCCCCUCUACCUGGUCUGCUACCGGCGCCAGCUGGAGCGGCAGCUGCAGCAGAAGCAGGAGGACGACAAGCUUUUCCUCAAGAUCAACGGCUCCUCCAACCGCGAGGCGUUUGUGUAGCACCGCUGCCCGUGCCUCUCGGACCGGCCCCUGUCCUCCUGCCCGCUCUGCCUGCUCCUGAGGACCUGUGCGCGCUCCAGGACCCUCCUUCACCGGCCGCCCCAGGGCCAGGGCGCUGCCUGAAGCUCUGCAGGGCAGGAGUGCCAGAGGGCUUAGGGGGAGUGCACCCCUGCUGCCAGAAGGGGGGUCUGCCCUGGCUUCACUCUGUCCCUGUCCCACCCCUGCCCGGGGAGCUGGGAGACUCUGGGGCGUCUGUAAGCAGACACUCACCCUCCCGAGCCUGCGUUCCACCUCUUGCCAACGCAGAGGAGUCUGCCACCCACUGCCUGCCACCUGCCCCUUGGCUGCAUGCCCACCAGCCACGCCCACCGAGGACAAAGCUUGCUCUGUCUGUACCCCCUUGCCUGGCCUUCACCUCCUCCCCUGGCCAGUCUGAAGUUGCCUGAGGAAGGAAGGACCCACUUCCUGUUGUUGGUGCUAACUCCAUUGUAAUUCCAGCACCCUGUGGCCUGGAUGCAGCCUGGCCUCCCUUUCAAGGCCAGUGGGGAAGUCUGGCAGGGGGCAGGAGGGUGGGCAGGUCAUGAAGCACUCCAGGAGCCGAGGAUGAGGCCAGCUGGUUGCCCCUCACCUCCUCCCUCUGGGCCUAGAAGCAGGGAGCAUUUCCACUGCCACCUCGGUUUGGGGGUCUGCAGCCUGAGGGACCUUCAAGGCAGCCCCUCCCACCCCUUCCCCUCAACUGCUUGGUCCCUGGGGAGUGAGGCCCCGGCUCCCAGAGUCAGAGAUCCAAGCAAAUGGGUGUGUGAGGGGCAGAGGAGCGUGUGUGCAAGUAUGUAUGUGUGUAUGAGAUGGCUGUGGGCCGCGAGAGCUGGGCUCUGGGUGUCUGCAGAUGCCCCACCGCCCAGAAGGGAGCCAGCCAGGCUUGCCGCUGGCCGGGCCUCGCUCAGGGCUGCGGGGUCACAGCACCCCCUGCUGGCUGACGGCGCCGGGGUGGGGGACCUGUGCCCGCGGGACAAACUCAGACCUCGGUGCCGAUGGGGCUGGGUUGGUGUUCAGGUUUCUUUUAGUUUUACCACACUUCUUUUUUAUAAAGCAAUAAAUCCAUUUUGCUCCUGGCAAAGGGACGCCCCCUGCUGGCGUGUCAGUUAACGGCACCCUAGGUCGGGGGAUAAAGGGUAAGAUGAACUGCCACUGAGCAGUCCCUGGGCAGCUGCCGUCUGGGAACAGUCGGCGGCCAGGGAAGACCUCCCUGUCAUGCCUCCCUGGCAGGUCGGGCCUGCACAGGUGCGAUCCAACCCCACAUCCCAUUUAUCCCUAUUCCUUGGCUCCUGCUCGCGUGUCCUGUCGUCAUCCCACAACUCCGAGGGCGACCCUGGGCAGCCACAGGCUCAAAGCAGAACAGCAGCCGUGGGUAUGGGCGCGGCUUUGGGAUGGACAGGGGCAGAGCCCCAGCUAGCUCUGCAGGCACAGUAGUGGCCCACCCUUAGCCCACGGAACUCCCGAGGCUCCAAACUGCUCAUGUGAAACCAUCACAGCCCAAGAGGCCAGAGGACCAGGCCCACCGUUCCCGGGAUGCUAGUUCUGUGAUGUGCUGCCCGCCCGAUCACGCUCGCCAGCAGGGGGCGCGCGCUGCUGCCGGAGUGGCUCAGGGCGGGCUCCCUCCACUGCAGCAGCUGCCAGGAUGCUUUCUGGCCUAGAGCUGUCAGCCUCACCUACGGUCCUCCCAACCCUCCCCGGGAGGACGAAGAGGACAGGGUCCCUUCUAGGUCGGAACUAGUGUCACAGUUGGGCAGGCACAGCCAGUACUGUCCCUUGUGGUACUCAGACCUAGCCAGAGUGGGAAGUACGGGCUCUUCCUGCCAGCCAGUUGAGGGCAGGAGAUUGGCCAGGACCAAUGGGGCGUGGAGCUCAGAAGCAUCUGAGUGGAAGGGGAUCCAGAGGUUGAAGCUAGCCGGAUUGGUGCUUUGCCCACUACACCCCUUGUCAGAGACCAGUCCUGCCCUGUGCAGAGGUGACAUUUGUACCCAUUACCCUUGGGCCCAGCAGUGGUAGCAGGCCUGAAGUUCACUAUAUAGCAUCUUUGUGAUUUUUAUGCUUGGAAAAGUUUGAUACUCAGAGAGGGGCAGUAACUAGCUCCACCUGGAAGCAGGACCGCCCAGAGCCCUCUUGCUGCUGGGGCAGCCGAGAUCUUGCAGGCCAGAACUGUCUGCCUGGGCCUCCUGGCUCUAGAUCCCUAGGGACCAGGAGUGGGGUGAGCCUGGCCUGGACAGUUGUUUGGUCUUGGAGAAUUAUAGGGGCCCUCAAGUUGAAGAAGGAACCAUGGGCUGCUCCCCGGGAGUGGGCACCAAUGGCUAUGUUCUCACCGCGACAUUCGGCAGGGCGGUUGGCGGGCAGUGCCUGGAGCCCCUCCCCAGUCUCACCAGACCUGGGAGACCGAGUUCCCUGAGGCUUGGCCUUCUCCAAACUUCCAGGCCUCCUCAAGGCCAAGGUUAUGUCUGUGCAGUCCAUUCUCCUCACCAUCAUCUCUUGCCAGUAGCAUCCUGGUCAGAACUUCUGGAACCCUCCAGGUGGUCCUGGGCUGUGCAGAGUGAGGGAGGCACCCUGUGACCCUGUGGGCCAGGGAGUGCCUGGCGUUGGCAUCACUGUCAUUCAGACAGGUGGCAGGACUAGGGCCCUCACAUGUUAGUCUGCGACAAGGUGAGGGCGAACCGAGGUGAGAGGUACACUCUAGUUCUGGUAGUCCCCACCACUCAGGCUGCAGGGUCCCUAAAAGCAGAAGUUGCCUUGUCUGUGCUAGUGACCAAGGCCCACCUUGUGGCUGGUAGUCUCUUCCCCUCAAUACUGUGCUGCUAGGAAUUCAGACCCCUAACGCUAGGCUGCAGGCCAGACUCGCCCUAGCCCCUGGGUUAGGAUAGCCCCUUCCUCGACCUGAGUGUUGUAAGGAGCUGCAGCAUCCCCCUGCCAGCACCGAGCCAUUGCUUGUACCCCUUGGUCUCGCUCACCCUAAGGUGGACACAGAGCCCCUGGCAGCUCCUAGCCUCUUUGCUUCUCCUAGGAGGCAAUGAGGGAGGAGCAAAAGCAAGAGGCCCCACAGGUCCUGUUAGUGACUCAGUUUUCUUAUCAACAUGCCAGAGGCCAGCCUGCCCUUACCACCAGGGGAUGCUUGCAGGCACUGCUCUCUGCACCCUGCUGGCCCACCACGUGCCAGCUGCACCCCCUGUGACCCUGAAAGUGCAGAUGGCAUUGGGUGUGAAGUCCCCCACCCCCAGACACAUGACUACAUACCUGCCACUUAUGGUGGCUCUGACCAUGAGAUGCGUGACCAGGGUAGUGACCGCCCUCGUUUAAGACCUCCUUGUUUAAGCAGAAGCCUUAAGCUGUGGCAUCCUUGUUCACAUUCUUUGCUGCCUUUUCAUAUCUUCAUAAGAUGUUUGGCCAAAAAAAAGCAACUCAAGAUAAUGUGUAAGUGCUAGCCAGAUAUUCACUGAGUGGGGCAGCUUCAGCCAGCUUCCAGCCGGCUGCUCCAUGUGUGUGGAGUGUGUGUGUGAGAGCGAGAUUGAGAGAGAGAGAGAGGUGUCCUGGGCACCUCGGGAUGUCUGGGGACUCCUCCACGUGCCUGAUUAUCCACAGGGAGAACAAGGAAACAAUGUUGCCUGGUGAAAUGCCUUUGUGUUUCAGAAGGAACUCAGGCCCUUAACCUUCCGAGGUGCCUGAAUGCUCAGGCUGUCCCGUGUUGAUAGGGCCGUGCCAUGUCACUGACAGCUUGGUCACUGGCCCUGCCCCUUGGCUAUUUCUAGCACCUGGCUUGCUCCUUGGCACACCAGAAGUCCUCAAUAAACGUGCACUGAGAAUGACCUGGAACUGCUUCCCCAGGUCACUGUGCGUAGCCUCACCUGUAGGUUCCAUCCAACCUUGGGUUUCCUGACCCCACUCUUGCUCCAGCCUGUGUCUGCUGCUUUUGCUUUUGUGCGAGGGUUGGGGUACAGAGACCAGGGUUG